GUUAAUUCAUAUGUAAAGAUUAAAUCUACUUUUGUGUUUACCUAGUAAUUGGAUUACACUUAAAUCUCAUUAUUAUUAUUUAGAUUAUCAUUAUUUAGUAUCUGAUUGAUUAUUCACAUAUGUUGAUAGUUUAUUGCAAUCAUUUGUGACAUUCAAUUUAUGGAAAAUUCUUGUAAUAUGGAUGAUAAUCAUGAAGCAGUUGCAUUCAAGCCAGAAGGUUUAGAGCAAGAUGAGUUAAUAAUUCAACAACACAGAGAAAUUGAAAAAGAGAUUUCUGAUUCAAUAUUGCUUAUUGGUCAAAAAGAAGAAUUUACAUCUCUUGAAACCGAAUAUAUAAAUGAUCCCGUGUACUUAACAAAAGUUCAAGAUCUUAGUAAAAAAUAUAAAUGUAUGAGACGUGCAAGACCAGAUGGCAAUUGUUUUUUUAGAUCAUUUGCUUUUGCAUAUUUUGAGUAUUUAAUAGAUCAUAACGAAGAAUAUAAGCACUUCAAAGAACGUGCUUUGAAAAGCAAAGAUGAAUUGAUCUCUUGUGGUUUUACCCAAUUUACAUUAGAGGAUUUUCAUGAUACAUUUAUGGAAGUUGUAAAUAUGAUUGGUGAAGGUCAACAUGAGAAAUUGUAUGAUACUUUCAAUAUGCAAGGGUAUUCAGAUUAUGUAGUGGUUUAUUUACGUCUUAUUACUUCAGGGCAACUGCAAAAAGAUGCUGAUUUUUACAAGCAUUUUAUUGAAGGGGAUCGAACUGUUGUGGAGUUUUGUCAUCAGGAAGUAGAGCCAAUGUUUAAAGAAAGUGAUCAUAUUCAUAUAAUUGCAUUGAGUACAGCAUUAAAUGUAGGUGUUCGAGUAAGAUACAUGGAUAGAGGUGAAUCAUGUGAAGCUAUUGCUCAUGAUUUUCCUGAAGGAUCUCCAGUUUGUGUUCAUCUUCUUUAUAAACCAGGGCACUAUGAUAUACUUUAUAGUAGAUAAGAUCUAAAUUGUUAAAAAAAAAAAAAAAAAAAAU